UCCAGCACGUCCUCGUCUCUAUCUUCCUGUGAUGAAGAUGAAGUCAACGCUCGUGUUUCGCCUGACUGGGCGAAAUACCGCUGUCACAUCGAACGCAGGGGCUACCGUCUGGACACUGUCCGUGAUGUAAAAGAUUAUUAUCGACACAAUUGUAACAAUAUAGAGAAGCAAGGACUGCAUGCAUAUUUGUCGGGCUAUCACCACGCCCUUGCGAGGAGCGACGAAGAUGCUCUUUGCAAAGACAUUGGUCUGCGAGAAAGCCUGUUCAGAGCUACCCGUUGUCUUGAUGGAGCAAAGGUGAUGGUCAAGGCAGUCCAUCGUGAUAGCAGGGAGCUUGAUAUCGUUCGGUAUCUGUCUGCGCCAGCUCAGCAACGUGAUCCCACGAAUCACUGUAUACCUAUCCUUGACCUCAUUGAUGCGCCCCAGGAUGAUCUAUGUUUCAUCGUUAUGGAGGAAUGGUCUGCAAAUAUGUUCCAAGAAGCUCCACUUAGUCUUGGCUGCCUAAUGGAAUCUUUGCGCCAUUGUAUAGAGCAUAUUGCAUUCAUGCAUCGUCAUCGCAUCGCGCACUUUGACAUUUCUCUGCACAACUUCCUCACGGAUUAUAACGGGCGUUAUGCUUGCAUAGAUUACGAGCUUAGUCGCCGAAUAGAUGAGGUAUCUUGUCCGCGGAUAUCAUACUCUCGGGGGUCCGAGAUCCCACCAGAAACUGCACAUGGUCGACUAUGUAACCCGUUUAUGAUCGAUGUAUGGGCACUAGGGGUUCUAAUUUUCAGAGCGUGCGAGCUCGCUGAAUUUCACGUUCCCGAACUUAUGCGUCUAGCCAAAUCGAUGCUUCAUGAAAACCCUGACAAGCGGCCACCGGCCGCUUCAGUACUGAAGGAAUUUCAACGAAUACAGAGUAGA